CAGGCGGGUCCGCGGACCGGAGAGAGCUUGGGAGGCCUUUCUAGAUGGCGGCAGCGGCGGCCGUGGCGGUCAGGCCGUGAGGGUCUCCCUCCCUUGGUCGAGCUGCGGGCAGCUCGGGCACGCCGCGGGUGCCGGAGGUGGAAGAAGAAAGGUGCCACUUUGGCAUGAAGACAGACUCGCUUAGUCGUCAGUCAUUUAAGCUGAGUGCAUUGUGAUUUCCAAUAAUUGAGGCAGUGGUUCUAAAAGCUGUCUACAUUAAUGAAAAGAGCAAUGUGGCCAGCUUGACUAAGCCGCCAGCGUGUGCAGCGCGGGCAGGACGGCACCCGGGUCUCAACGGACUUGUGCAUGUUAGCUGUAUAGAUUUAUGUAAGGUUUUUUAAAACUCCGGUCUUUUAAAAUAGUCUUAACCACUUUUACUAUGGAGACAUAUGAGAGUCCCUCUCCUCUCCCGCGUGAGCCCGCAGGAGAAGCGGUGAUGGAGAUCCGAGCUUGCCCCCUCCAAGCGCUGCCCCGUGAACAGUCUCCACCACCUCCCCUGCAAACGUCCAGUGAUGCAGAGGUAAUGGACGUUGGCUCUGGUGGUGAUGGACAGGCCGAACCCCCUGCUGAGGACCCGCUCAACUUCUACGGAGCUUCUCUUCUCUCCAAAGGAUCCUUCUCUAAGGCCCGCCUCCUCAUAGACCCGAACUGUAGUGGCCACAACCCGCGCACCGCCCGGCACGCACCUGCGGUCCGGAAGUUCUCCCCUGACCUUAAGUUGCUUAAGGAUGUAAAGAUUAGCGUGAGCUUUACCGAGAGCUGCAGGAGUAAGGACAGGAAGGUGCUGUACACAGGAGUGGAGCGCGACACUCGUGCAGAGUGCGGUCUGGCCCUUAGCCCUGUCAGUGGAGACGUGCAUGCUUGUCCCUUUGGCGGGAGUGUUGGGAACGGGGUAGGUAUAGGGGGUGAGAGUGCUGAUAAGAAGGAUGAGGAGAAUGAGCUGGAUCAGGAAAAGAGAGUGGAGUACGCAGUGCUCGAUGAGUUAGAAGAUUUUACUGACAAUUUGGAGCUAGAUGAAGAAGGAGCAGGCGGGUUCACGGCUAAAGCAAUCGUGCAGAGAGACAGAGUGGAUGAAGAGGCCUUGAACUUCUCCUAUGAGGAUGAUUUUGACAACGAUGUUGAUGCUCUGCUGGAAGAGGGCCUUUGUGCUCCCAAAAAGAGAAGAAUGGAGGAGAAGUAUGGAGGAGACAGUGACCAUCCAUCUGACGGAGAGACGAGCGUGCAGCCGAUGAUGACCAAGAUUAAAACUGUGCUAAAAAGUCGUGGCCGUCCUCCUACAGAACCAUUGCCCGAUGGGUGGAUCAUGACAUUCCAUAACUCUGGAAUCCCAGUGUACCUACACAGAGAGUCUCGGGUGGUCACCUGGUCCAGGCCAUACUUCCUGGGAACGGGAAGCAUACGGAAACAUGAUCCUCCUCUGAGCAGCAUUCCAUGUCUGCAUUACAAGAAAAUGAAGGACAAUGAGGAAAGAGAGCAAAACAGUGAGCUCGCCCCCAGUGGGGAAGUGUCCCCUGUCAAGCCCCUGAGCCGAUCUGCGGAGUUGGAGUUCCCCCUGGAAGAGCCCGACUCCAUAGGAGCUGACUCGGGGGCCCUAGAUGAGAAGGACCCACUGGGGGCUGAGGCUGCCCCUGGGGCCCUGGGGCAGGUGAAGGCCAAGGUUGAGGUGUGCAAAGACGAAUCAGUUGAUCUUGAGGAGUUUCGGAACUACCUGGAAAAGCGUUUUGACUUUGAGCAAGUCACUGUGAAGAAAUUCAGGACUUGGGCCGAGCGGCGGCAGUUUAACCGAGAAAUGAAACGGAAACAGGCUGAGUCUGAGAGGCCCAUCCUGCCAGCCAAUCAGAAGCUCAUCACCCUGUCUGUGCAGGAUGCACCCACAAAGAAAGAGUUUGUCAUUAACCCCAACGGGAAGUCCGAGGUCUGCAUCCUGCACGAGUACAUGCAGCGUGUCCUCAAGGUCCGCCCCGUUUAUAAUUUCUUUGAAUGUGAGAACCCAAGUGAACCUUUUGGUGCCUCGGUGACCAUUGAUGGUGUGACCUAUGGAUCUGGAACUGCAAGCAGCAAAAAACUUGCGAAGAACAAAGCUGCCCGGGCUACGCUGGAGAUCCUUAUCCCUGACUUUGUCAAACAGACCUCUGAGGAGAAGCCCAAAGAUAGCGAAGAGCUUGAGUAUUUUAACCACAUCAGUAUUGAGGACUCACGGGUCUACGAGCUGACCAGCAAGGCCGGACUGUUGUCUCCCUAUCAGAUCCUCCACGAGUGCCUUAAAAGAAACCAUGGAAUGGGUGACACAUCCAUCAAGUUUGAAGUGGUUCCUGGUAAAAACCAGAAGAGCGAAUAUGUCAUGGCGUGUGGCAAGCACACAGUGCGCGGCUGGUGUAAGAACAAGAGAGUUGGGAAACAAUUGGCCUCUCAGAAAAUCCUUCAGCUGCUGCACCCACAUGUCAAGAACUGGGGGUCUUUACUUCGCAUGUAUGGCCGCGAAAGCAGCAAGAUGGUCAAACAGGAGACCUCGGACAAGAGUGUGAUUGAGCUGCAGCAGUACGCCAAGAAGAACAAGCCAAACCUGCACAUCCUGAGCAAGCUGCAGGAAGAGAUGAAGAGGCUGGCCGAGGAGAGGGAGGAGACUCGGAAGAAGCCCAAGAUGUCUAUUGUGGCGUCUGCCCAGCCUGGUGGCGAGCCCCUGUGCACUGUAGAUGUGUGAGGGAGGCAGCAGGGUCAGGCGCGGGGACUGCCAGCUCUGCUGCCAGGGAGACCACCCGCCACUCACUCUGCAGCCUUGGGCCUCUGAUUUGAGUUCCUCCCCUGCGGCCAGGCAUCUGAGGCCGGGGCCAGAGGGGUGGGGCUCUGGUGCAGGGGACAGCUGGGCCACGCAGCUCUUCCUUGGGGGCCGCCCACAGGUCUGAGUGGAUGUGUUCAAGGAUGGACUCCGCUUACCCACCGGGUGAGAGCCAAGAGCUUGGCAACAGCUGUGAAUGACCUCUGCCUCUGGGGACUUGCUGCAGACUGGUUUGAUGAAGGUUUUCAUGAGUGUCAGUACGUGCACAGACAAGAAGUGACAGACUGAGAAAGUGGUGGCCGAGUCCUGUGGCACUCUG